AUGACAGGUAAGGAAGUCAGAAUCACAUUCCUUAUAAUCUUGGAUACUGUUUUCUUCCUUUUGGAAGCUAUCGUGGGCUAUAGUGUUCAUUCGCUUGCAUUGGUUGCUGAUUCAUUUCAUAUGUUAAAUGACAUUAUUUCAUUAGUCAUAGCAUUGUGGGCGGUUAGAUAUAAGAACACUAAACCAGCUGAUGGAAAGUAUACUUAUGGGUGGCAAAGAGCUGAGAUUUUAGGGGCACUUAUCAAUGCUGUUUUCCUUUUAGCAUUAUGCUUUACUAUUGUUCUUGAAGCAAUACAAAGGUUUUUCGAACCGCAACACAUCACUCAACCAAAGUUGAUAUUAAUUGUUGGUAUUUGUGGUUUACUUAGUAAUGGUGUUGGUUUAGUAUUGUUCCAUGAACAUGGCCAUUCUCAUUCUCAUGGUGCUUCUGAAGGUGGUCAUGGACACUCUCAUGGCGAUAUAGAAGCAGGCGAAUCCAGUAAUGCGAAUGAAAGUCAUGAUCGCAACGGGUCAACUUCUGAUUUCACGGAAUAUAUGCCAAAUAAUGUUGUCGGACGUUAUGAUGAACAUAGCCCAUUGAUUAAGAAUGAUAAUGCAAAGAAAUCUGCUACUAAAAGAAAGUCCAUGAAUAUGGAAGGUGUAUUUUUGCAUGUUUUAGGUGAUGCUUUAGGAAACAUUGGUGUCAUUGCAACAGCGUUAUUUAUUUGGAAAACUGAUUAUUCUUGGAGAUUUUAUUUUGAUCCUGUUAUUUCGUUGCUUAUUACCGUUAUAAUUUUCACGUCUGCUUUAUCAUUGUGUCGUAAAUCAUCUAAAAUCCUUUUACAAGCAACUCCAGCACAUGUUAAUUCAAAUUUAAUAUUGAAUGAGAUAGAAAAGUUAGAAUCCGUCAAAUCUGUCCACGAUUUUCAUAUUUGGAAUUUAAACGAAGAUAUUUUAAUCGCUUCAUUGCAUGUUGAAUUAAACCAAGGUCCUGAAGUAACCAAUACUUCAAAUGAUACUAUAGAUCAGAUUGAUAGAGUUACCUUUGUUAAUGCUGUUACACAAGUAAGAGAAAUUUUACAUCGUUUCGGAAUCCAUAGUGCAACUAUUCAGCCAGAAUUUUCGAACGGCUCUAAAAAAUUGAAUAAGAAAGCAAGUGCUUACGGCCAAACUAACGUUGACAAUUGUAUUGUUGAUGGAGCCUCGGGUUGUGAUAAUAAUCAAUGCUUGAAAUAA